AUGGUUCAUCAUUUCAACUAUCUAUUGCUGAUUCCGUUAAUGGUUGCUGCUGCUGCUGCUGCUGGUGACGAGUUCAUGAACGAAAACUCGCAGCUCUUUCCCAGCGCAGCAACCACCGCGAUUCAUCUUCCCUCGGAUCCUGUCCCUCCGUCCUGCCCUGCUCUUAAUCCCAACCUCAAUUACCGUCCGGUGAUCGGAAUUCUUAGUCACCCCGGAGACGGAGCUUCCGGCCGCCUCAGCAACGAUACGAAUGCUUCUUACAUUGCGGCUUCGUACGUCAAAUUCGUGGAGUCCGCCGGAGCCAGGGUUAUUCCCCUUAUCUACAAUGAGCCUCCACAACUUCUGGAAAAGAAACUUAAUCUAGUCAAUGGUGUGCUCUUCACUGGCGGGUGGGCUAAAACUGGUCUCUACUUCAGUACAGUCCAGACUGUGUUUAAGAAAGUUUUGGAGAAAAAUGAUGCCGGAGACCAUUUUCCAGUGAUUGCUAUCUGCUUAGGCUUUGAACUCUUGACAAUGAUCAUCAGCCAGAACCAAAGCAUUCUCGAGCAAUUCAGUGCAGCUGAUCAAGCGGCUACGCUCCAAUUCAUUGCAAACACAAAUCUUAAUGGCACUGUAUUUCAGAGAUUUCCUCCUGAUUUGCUGCAGAAGUUGAGUACAGAUUGCAUUGUGAUGCAGAAUCAUCAUGUCUAUGUUUCUACAGUUAUGGGACAGCACUAUCCUGUUACUGGCUUUCAGUGGCACCCAGGGAAAAAUGCAUUUGAAUGGGGAUUAUCAACGAUACCUCACUCAGAAGAUGCAGUUCGAGUAACUCAACAUGUUGCCAAUUUCUUUGUUAGUGAGGCUAGGAAGUCGUCGAACAGACCACCAGCUCGGGAGGUGCUGGACAACCUCAUUUACAAUUAUACACCCACCUACGGUGGGAAGGCCGGGAGAGGAUACGAUGAAGUUUACAUUUUCACUUGA